ACGGUGUCAAAUAGCCUUGCACUGCACAACAAGCACUAUGGCUGUCGAUGCACGGUCCGUGCUAGCUCUGUUGCUUAUCUUGCAGCCUGCGCUCUCUUACAAGUCCGUGGACCCUGUUAGAGACAAGUUCGAGUAUGGAACAUUCCCAGCCGACUUUGAGUGGGGUUCAGCCACUUCAGCCUACCAAAUCGAAGGCGCUUGGGACGUCGAUGGAAAAGGAUUGGGACUGUGGGACUACCUUACACACAGCCACCAAUUCUCACAUCUCUUCAAGAACCAAACAGGCGACGUGGCGUGUGAUAGCUAUCACAAGUACAAAGAAGAUGUUCAAUUGUUGAGAAACUUGGGCGUAAAGGCCUACCGUUUUUCCAUAUCAUGGCCAAGAAUUCUUCCCAAAGGGACAAAAGAGAUUAUCAACACCAAAGGGAUCGAGUACUACAAUAACCUGAUCAACGAGCUACUGCACUACAAUAUACAGCCAGUGGCGACGAUUUACCAUUGGGACUUACCCGUGCCUUUCCGAAUGGCAGGAAGUUGGACUAACUCGAGCAUCAUUGAGCACUUUAACGACUACGCCGAGAUCUGCUUUAAAAACUUCGGAGACCGAGUGAAAAAAUGGAUCACGAUUAACGAGCCUGCGAUCGAGUUGCUAUUUAUGAAGACGCAUUGGGCCCCACCCGCUAGCUCCCGCGAGCAAUACCUAGCCGGGCAUAAUCUCCUACUCGCUCACGCUAAAGUGUACCACACCUAUAACAACACAUACAAGGCAACGCAAAAGGGCAAGAUAUCGAUCUCGUUGAACGGCCAAGGGGCGGAGCCUUUGACCGACAGUCAGGCUGACAAGGAAGCCGCUGACCGGUACAUGCAGUUCUACGUCGGUCACUUCGCGGUGCCGAUAUAUGUGAGCGGUGAUUACCCCGAGAUUAUGAAGACGCUGAUAGCCAAUAAGAGCGCGGCGGUUGGAAUCCAAUCCCGACUUCCGGAAUUCACUGAGGAACAGAAAAAGAUGAUUAAAGGAACGGCCGAUUACUUCGCUACAAAUCACUACUCUUCUGACCUGGUCCAACAUCAUGAUUUCUACAACGGGGCAAAAACACCCCAAGAAAUGUGGACCGAUGGAAACUAUGUCCUCAAGGGUGACCCAAACUGGAAUCGGACCGCGUUCAACUGGGCGGUGGUCCCUUGGGGGCUACGCAAAUUCCUGAAAUACUUCAAGGACAAUUACGGCGACCCCGAGGUGAUUAUCACGGAGAAUGGGUGCUCUGCGCCCGGGGAGUACCUGAAGACCGUGCCGGAGCGACUCGAGGACGACUUCCGCGUCGAUUUCUUCAAUAGAUACAUAAACGAGGUUUAUAAGGCGUACAAGUUAGACGGGGUGAAGGUGAAAGGGUACUACGCGUGGUCAUUGAUGGAUAAUUUCGAAUGGUUUCAGGGGUAUAACAUGCCAUUUGGUAUUCACUUUGUUAACUUUACGGAUCCUAACCGGCCACGCUUACCAAAGAAGUCAGCGAUAUUUUAUAAGAAGCUAGUUGCUCAAAACGGGUUCCCAGGCCCCUCAGCCGCUCACUCAUUGGCAACCAGUAGAGCAAAGCUUGAGGGGGGCCUUGUCAUCAUCUCGCUGAUUUUGUGUGUGUUUUUGAGCUAAGAAAGUAUCCCCGAACUAAUAUCUAUUUUACACUGCAUUUUUACUAACUUGGUAACCGUUUCAGAAUAUUUGUUAGUCUUCUAUUUUACAAUAGUCAAUAUUUGAUAGACUUAUGUAAAUUUGGCAGUAAGAUCCCUCACUGGAUACUGCAGCGUUGCCUGUGUGAUUCAGUAUAUUUUCACAGGAGAUCUGUUUGCCUUUGGUCCCUUUCCCCCCUAUAUUUUGAAGUCUAGAGAGGUGAUUUUGUUUUGAUUUAUUUUCAAUAAAAAAAGUUAAACUCA